AUGAUCUUGCCAGUGCAGCUCCCAUCGAUUGGCGGCGACGCGGCCCAGUUCAGGUUCGAGACGCUCAUCGACUCACCCGCGGCCAUCAAGCUCAGAGCCAUGACUAGUCUCCGUAGUGACCUCAAUUCACAUCUUGUUAACAAGCACCCGCCCAGCGAUGUUCAGAAUGCUUGUGUAGACUAUAUCAACGGUCUUCUGGCGCUGGCUGAGGUGUCCAAGACCAUCCCCUUCAAAAGGAAGUACACUAUACGAUGGAGGUCAGGGCUGACACCUGAAGUGGUGGUAGAGCCCAGUGAAGCGAAGACAUCGACUCAAGCUAUCGGUAUCGAUAUCACUAUGACCUUAUUCGUCUACGCAUGCUCCCUGCUCGACCAAGCAGCCCGUCAGUUCGUUGUGGACUCGAGCAGUGGAGAGAUCCUCACCACUGGUCUUGAUGAAGUUCCCUUGACCCUGGCCCUGCAGAUAGCUAAGAUAUGCAGCAAGGCCUCGACAACCUUCCAGACAUGUCGGGACACCCUCACCACGAUGGCAGCUGCCAUCCCUGAGUUGGACCCUCGAGUGCUUGGAGGUCUCUGCAGCUACAGCCAUCUAUGCGGGCAAAUCUGCGCCUUCGAGUUGGCCGCGAGCCGUUCAGGGUCGAAGAACCUUCUAGCGAAGCUGGCCAUGCAAGUUGAUGCUGAUGCCAGACCAGUGCAACAAACGCUCAGAGGUUCUGAUGGACUAGCCUAUCUGGUCAAUCACGUUUCGGUCGUCGGUCCCUUGUAUCGAGCUCGAGCCAACACUCUGAUGGCCUCGUCUGAGUUCGAGGUCGAGCACUUUGGUAUCGCCAAUGCUUGGGCUGAUCGUGCCAUGGCUGCAGUGAAGGAAACAGAGGCUGCCUUGCAAGAGGUGACAGCGCCGCAUAUGCGGCUUAUUGUUGGUAACAUUAUGAGUAAAGUGAAGAUAGAAUGCGAGAAGAUCAUCAAGGAGAACAGGAUGGUCUAUUACGAGCCUCCACCGAAGGAAAUGCCAUCGGUCGUGCCUGUGAGCGCGAUCAAGCGUACUCCACCUGGCGUGCCAGUGCGCGAGCUGCUGCAGUUGUAUAAGGCCCCAGUGCCCUUCGCUCCUGAUGAGUUUGUGCUUAAUGUUUCGGACAAGUCGAUCCAACAGCUGAACACCUCUGAGACGUCAGGGUCAGCACGGCAGACCAUGUUCCCUAAUGGGGUGUGUACUGCCAACGAAAACUCAUAUAAUGGCUAUAUGCAAGGCAUGCAGACCACGCCUACCCAUUGA